AUGUCCAUGCUGCUUGUCUUUGGACUGCUGCUGCAUGGUCUCCCGCUGAGUCGCCCCGAGGAGGCUUCGCCCCCGGUCGGGGCCCAGGGCGCCCCGGGCGGGCCCGGGUUCGACUACGCCAGCAUCCGCCUGCCCGAGGAGCACAUCCCCUUCUUUUUGCACAACAGCGGGCAUGUGGCCAGCCUCUGCAGGAAGGACCCACACUGUCCUUUUAAGAAACACUUAGAAAACCUGAAGUUCUGCUGGGGCUAUGAGGAAUCCUGCAGGCCCGAGUUCCGGUUCAGUUACCCCGUCUGCACCUACGUGGACAUGGGAUGGACGGAUACCCUGGAGUCAGCCCGGGACACCUUCUGGCAGCAAGCGGACUUCGGCUACGCGGGUGCACGGAGGCGGGAGCUGCGGGAGCUCUGCCGGCCCCAGCAGGCGAGUGACUCGAGCCUGGUAUGUUCCCGCUACCUUCAGUAUUGCAGAGCAACCAAUCUCUACCUUGACUUAAGAAACAUCAAGAGAAGCCAUGACAGGUUUAAGGAGGAUGUUUUCCAGACUGGUGAGAUUGGAGGACACUGUAAACUGGAUGUGCAUACGUUGAUGUCUGAAGGUCAGCGCAAAAGCCCCCUGCAGUCUUGGUUCGCUGAGCUGCAGAGCUACACUCAGCUCAACUUCAGGCCCAUAGAAGAUGGUAAAUGUGACGUUGUGGUUGAGAAACCAGUCUACUUUAUGAAAUUGGAUGCCGGUGUGAACAUGUACCACCACUUCUGCGACUUCCUGAACCUGUACCUCACACAACACGUGAACAACUCCUUCAGCACCGACGUGUACGUCGUGAUGUGGGACACGAGCACCUAUGGCUAUGGGGACCUCUUCUCUGACACGUGGAAGGCAUUUACUGAUUAUGACGUGAUCCAUCUGAAAACCUAUGACUCCAAAAGGGUGUGUUUUAAGGAAGCGGUUUUUUCCCUGCUGCCCCGGAUGAGAUACGGGCUCUUCUAUAAUACCCCUCUGAUUUCUGGCUGCUACAGCACCGGGCUGUUCCGGGCGUUUUCCCAGCAUGUGCUGCACAGACUGAACAUCACGCAGGAGGGACCCAAGGAUGGAAAAAUGAGAGUGACCAUUCUUGCACGGAGCACAGAGUACCGGAGAAUACUCAACCAGCAGGAGCUCGUGAACGCACUGAAAACAGUCUCCACAUUUGAAGUCCGGAUCGUCGAUUACAAAUAUAAGGAACUUGGGUUUUUAGAUCAGCUAAGGAUCACCCACAACACGGAUAUAUUUAUUGGAAUGCAUGGAGCUGGUCUUACCCACUUACUCUUCCUUCCGGACUGGGCUGCCGUGUUUGAGCUGUACAACUGCGGGGACCAGCGCUGCUACCUGGACCUGGCCCGGCUCCGCGGCGUCCACUACGUCACCUGGCGCAGGCCCAGCAAGGUCUUCCCGCAGGACAAGGGCCACCACCCCACUCUGGGGGAGCAUCCCAAGUUUACCAACUACUCUUUCGACGUCGAAGAGUUCAUGGCCCUCGUCCUGCAGGCCGCAGACCACGUAUGGCGACACCCGAAGUGGCCGUGGCGGAGCAGGCGGGACGAGCUGUGA